AGAUAAGUGUAUCCUCCCUAUGCGAGGAGGACACGGACUCGCGAGCAGAAAGCCGCGGUAGUCGGUACAAUCACCAAGUAGACUGACACUAAUUUUUCCAUACAUGUCAAAGUAAACCACUUGACAUCAAGAAGAAGAUGGACGAGCUCGAGGUUGAAGAGUUUUCGGACGACUUCGAACUGGACGAGAGUCUGGAGCUGCCGAAGCCGAAAGACCUCUCCCAGCGCGAAGAGGACAAGUCCGGGUCGGAGUCGCUGCGCUUCGACGAUUUCGCCGGCGGGGCGUCCCCACCUGGUGCGAUCACGGACAAAACAGAGGAGGACCAACCGGGAGAUGCGGUGUUCGGGCUGCAGUUGCAGUAUGAAAAGGAAAAAUCCCCCCUCCCCAUAUCAAAACGGAAAUCUGUGAUGCUGGAUUUGCGUACACAAAUCAGAUUUGUAUUGCAGGAAGGCAUUGCGACCAGAUCCCCAGGCUAGCUAGGGGCGUAUGGGUCUAGUAGUUCAGCAUUGCAAACGGCUGACCUUUAGGCCCAACAGCAUGACAAAUCGCUUCCAUAAUGGGGCGGAAGCUUCUGCCCUUGUCUUCUUGCAAGACAAAUGCGAUUUGUGACCUCAAAUCAGCAACGCAAAUUCUCGGCAAGAUACCUUUUCGAUAUGGGGAGGGGGGAUUUUUCCUCUCAAUAUACAGGAAGAUGACACGAUUCUUGCGGACAAUAUGCAGGGUAAGAAGCUCGACUUCGAUCCCUCACCGGUCGACGAGGACGAGGAUUUUGGUGGUCGACAAGAGGAGAAAGCACCCGCGGCGAAAAAGGACGAAUUUGCUGAUUUUCUUGACGCGCUUUCGGACGACGACGCAAACAGCGACGACGCGGGAAUUUUCGGUGUCGGAAUCGUCGGAAAGGCAGCCGUCGACGCAACAGCAUCUUCAAAACCUGUUUCGGAGGAGAAAUCUUCAGCACAAGUAGAACUGCAGCAGUCCAAAGCCUCCUCACCCGCCGGCGAAAGAAAAAAUGAGGACACGGCGGUCGUCACUCCAUUGACGGCGUUGGAAGUAGAUCAAGCACACGGCAGCAAGGUGGAAGAGGUUGAGGAUUCGUUCCACAUCCCACGGGUCAAGGAGGAAGGGAAGAAGAGCAGGAGGUUUGAGGAAGCAAAGAAGGACGACCUCACGAGCAAUUCCUCCGAAACGGGGACGCUGGGGAGCAAGGGCCCCGGGCGGCGCGGGCGCAGGCAAUCGGGCGGCGGCGAGCCGGAACCGGACCGCGCGAAGUUGGAUUUCGAUUUGGACGCUGCUUUGGGGAUCGUGAAGAAGGAAGAUGAUGAUCCGGUGAAACCUUUAUUUGCGGUCGAAAUAAAUCAGGAAGACAAGAAGACAAAGCCGUCCACUUCCUCCCCGGUAGAGGACGAGAUCAUAAAGUUCGAGAGUGUUUCCGAGGAGGAAAUAGUCUCUGCGUCGAAAGUGGACGUAACUUCCGACCUUGCGAGCCGAUCGAACGCCGGCGGGCUUACGCCGAAGAGCGAAUCUAGCAGCAGGUUCGCCCGGGCCGCGACGAAGAGAGCCAUCCCGGAAGAGGACUUGCCGCGAUCGUCCGCCUCCUCCGCCUCCGGAGGCGAUCGCGUGAAUAAAGGCGGGCUGAACAGUGCAGAGAACAACUUCACCUCGGGGGAAACGAAAUCUGUCGUCAUCGGCUCCACAAGCGAGGCUGAUCUCUUCACUCUCUUGCCGGCGAGUGGGACGAGCACUGGAGUUGCUGGCACUGCGCCAGGAAUCGUUCUCGGCGGACCGAUCAUGCGUGGGCCCAUGGCGAGGGCGGCCGGGGGAGAAAAGGAAAACCAGACUUCAAGUGGUACGAAGCCUUCAGUAACGGUUCUCGGGGCGGACGACAGCGGAAGUGGCGCAAGUGCUGCGGUGGACGAGCAGAAGAAGGAACAACCACAAGCUGUUCGUGUUCCAACAAUUGGUCUUCCGGAGCCCCCAGCAGUAGUUGGGUCGUCCAGUACUAACAGCAACGUGCAAAUCGGAUCGGUCUCCGAAUCGGACCUCUACAGCCUCGGGCCGACGACCGGUGGCGAUGAAAAACAGGAUAUCGACUUCACGUCAUUGUUGAAGCAGAAGCCGAAGCGCACGUUUCAGUCUACGAACCAGUCCAGCACGUCUAUCAACAGUGAGUCGCACCCGUCGCAGCACACGAACUCGCAGCAAACCACGUCGCAGGGCACUCCUUUGUCCCCCGGCAGCGGGAAGUUCGUGGAACGGCGCGACGUAUCAAAUGCAAAAAUGUCUGGGUCUGGAAGAGUGCAUGUUUGUCAUGCUUGUAUGGCAUGACUCGAGAAUCUGUGUUGCAUAGGCACGAAAACGCCCUCUUACCUGUCAUGCAAAGACGUAGUUUGCCAUGCGGAAUACGUAAGACAUGGCAGCCACAAAAAUUGUCAUGCGUAGCUGCGUAUUGCAGUGCGUCUAUCAUUCACUUUUAGCAUUACAAGUUUCCUCCAGACCCAGACAUAUUUGCAAUUCAUACGACGUCGGGAUCAACUACAUGCAGCCGUACCGGGAGGGCGGGCCCCGGGUCCAUUCCCCCGGUAACCACAGUAAAUUUCCCGUACACGUACACAUGCGUUAUGCGGUGUCUGCAUGACAAAAAUUGGCUUCCAUCCUAGUCUAGCAUGACAAGUUUUACGCUUUAAAUUUGUGAAAUUUGUGAUGCAUCUUGUACAUGUACGGGAAAUUUGUAUUGCAUACCCGGCAUGGCACCCCCACUGGUCGGGGAGAGCAGCACGGCGACCUCCAGCUUUGUUUCCUCCGAGCCCGCGCGUGUGGUCGCGGAAGAGCCGGGCAUGCGACCCGCGAGGGACGAAACGAAUGUUGCGAAGAACAAAUCAACCAAUUCCCGUGCAGCAGGAGCGCGGACGGUUGCCAGCACUGGAGGCGACGCAGUGGAAAUCGCGGAGGAGAUCGAAGGGGCUUCGUCAGGGGAGUCGGUGAACAUUGGUGCGGGGGCACCACAGAUGAACAAACCGCGGCAGAAACGGCCGGGACUUGUUGAGUCGCGGCCGCCGGCAGCCUUCUCGACGCGAAACAACGUCGUCGCCAGCAGUGGGGCAGGGAGGAGGAAGCAGGGCGGCGGGAUUUUGAAAAACAAAGACGACCCGGCAGGAGGACCAGCUCCGGUGCAGCAAGUGGUACCCGCGACGAGGGCGGUGGAUGGCAAGCCGCAACAAGCUGGUGGUGCUGUAGCAGGGGCGGGGAAAAAGCCACCGGAACCGGCGGGGAACCUGGAGAAAACAGGUAGAGGAAAUAAAGUCGUGUGUAGUGAUGUUGCUUCUGCGUGUAUGUGCAUCUCUUAGAAUUGGAUUUAGUUAUGGUUUGUCUUUCUAUGAUCUACCGUUGGCGUUGGAUGAAAUAAUUUGCAGGCAAAUCGCAAUCCGGGACUUCACUUGCUUCCCUUGGAUACUCUGAAGACUUCGAAGUGCCCUCCGACGCGACUCCUGAGGACGGUCCGAGCCGCUCGUCAUCGAAGGGCACUACGGGCGAGGGCGGGAUAGUGGUAGACACCAUGCAUGAUAGUUUCUUUUUCACCUCGGAAGGUCGCAUGGCGUCGAUGCAUUUUUGGACGAGAGUGUUGCCGUUAUGUUGUUGCUAGAGUGUUCAGAUCUUCUGAAUGUCGGAUACAACAGAGCGCAAAUUAAAAAAUCAAGGUGAUCUCCCAACAAUCAAACCCCACGUCAACACGACCACGGCGACCUGCCGCGCAGCUCCCGACCACUAAUUCCACCCCGGCUGCCCCGUCUAAGCCGCGACAGCCGGUAGCCCAGCAAUCCCAGCAGCCGCCCACUACGAUUGUGGCGUCGCGGGUGAACGGGCCCAGUCGGAAGGGCAUCGCAAACUUCAAAGCGCCCGCGCCGGUCGUGGCGAAAGACGUUCCACGACGGGGGCGCAGUAAGGACGCCGAGCAGGGGGUCAUUCUCACUGCUGAGAACGCGCGGAACGUGCUGCGACCGACCAAACCGGGGCAGAAACGGCCCUUGGGGGUGAUGAGGGGCGGCACGCGGCAAAGUCGACCGACGUCGAGCUCGUCGGCACAGGACGACGCGUCAAUACAGUCGGUGACCGUGCAAGAACUGCCGAAAGUAGGGAGCGACAGGUUCUUUCGAAAGAGAUUGUCGUUCUUUUUUGUUCAAGGAAGUCACAUAGUAAGUAGAAAAGUUCUCAACAGGUUGUGCCAGAACCACUGUACUUACAACCGAGAGCAACCAUAGAAUUGCUCAACCUAGGUAGCAGAAAGGAUCAACCUGCUAUGCAAGAACUUUAUUUAUUUCUAUUCCGCAGUCCUCGUCCAAUCACUUCUCCGGGUCGCAAAUCGCCAACCGACACGGGUAUCAAUGUCGAAAACGUCGACCCGGCCUGGCUCCCGCCCCGCUACCAACAUGUGGCCGAGAAAGUUAUGGCGACCUGUGCUGAGGAAGGCUACACCAGCCCGCCACGCAGUCCCGGGCAUCAGAAUCAUAAAUCCGGAGAAGGCCGGCCGCACCGGCCCGGCACGUCACACCGACCCAGGACGGCGUCCGCAAAUGCGGAGUUGCAGCAAGAGAGCGUAGAUCCGGAUGUUAGUGUCACCGUGGAUGGCGAGGGAGGAGAUGCCAGUACUACUUCGCGCGCUGGACGGAGCAAGAGCGCCGAGCCGGGGGAGACCAGCGCCGCGCAGGAGCGGCUGGCGCCCAAAGAUCAGCGGCCGGGAUCGUCGUUACCGCGGGCCAGGAGUGAGAAACCGAGUCAGCACGCCUCGUCGGACGUACUGGUUUGCUUUUUGGAGAAGUUUAUGGCUGUUAGAAUCUGAGCCUGAUGCUGAGUAUGCUAUGAAUCUGUUUGUCUCGUCAUCUUUUUACUUUCGCAUCAGAAAUGUGUUAUUUACGAUGUUUGUUGCAACUACAACAGAGCGGCGCAGUGAACUGGAAACACGAGAAGUCGUAUGGAGAGCAAUACGUGCCGCCCUCGUAUAGAUUUUUUGUGAUACUACACCUGCUCUAAUGUCGUGCCUGGUGUUGGAGUUGGUGUUUGUCUAUGCCGGUGCGAGAACCACGCGGAACUUCCCCAUUGAAGGUCGGGUGUAGAAGUAAAAAGUACGGACAUAGCCUCAAUUACAAUUAUCCAGGUCCGCGGUCACCUCCGCCAAGUCGCCGAAGCGGGCGAGGAAGGAGAAACUCCCCGACUUCAUCCGGAUGCAGAAGGCCAUCGACAAAGCGCGGAAGCAGCACGUGCUUGCGGAAUUGCAGCAGAUGCUGAACGAGACCUGGCGGCACGACAAGCAAGUGAAAAUGCGGCAGCUGAAGCAGCAGUGGGACGACCAGCGCCAGGAACAGCUGCGCCUUCAGACAGAAGAGAAAAAGCGCCGCAUCCAGGAGAUCGAGGCCGAACGAAAAAAUUACGUGGACAAGCAGUUACGGGACCGGCAGAACUACUUGCGGCGGAGGGAAGAGGAGCGGAAACGCAAAGAAGCCGAGCAGAGACGAUUCGCAGACUUGCAGCGGGUGUACGACGAUAACCUGCGCAAGGAAAAGCUGAAGGUCGCAGAACGGGAACGGGAAAAGUAUCGCGAGAAAUACCGGAAAAAACUCAAAUUUGUGAUGCCGGACUGGAUCGACUGAAUGCAUCCACACCUAUCAGGAUGUUUUGACAGCGCAUGUCUACGCGGUGAUGUCGGCCACAGCCGCAUCUACUUACCUCUCGCUGGGGACUCCUCGUCGGAUGUUUCUAGUUCGACUACGAGGAUUCCAAUGAAACUGGACAAAAAUAAAACUUUGAUUUGACUGAAGUUCACUUGAUAGUACUUAUGAGUCUUGAAAGAAAUGCAAUUACACACAUUUGAUGCUUGAAUGG